AAUAGGUCAGAGGCUCUGUUUUUCCCUCGCUCCAAAGUGCACACUUAUCUAGUCAAGAGAAGUUUACAUCUUGUGCAGUUUAUCCAAGAACGUUUUAUUAAGUAGGCUACUCUGUCUUCCGACAAUAACUGCUGAUUGAAAAUCUCAAAAUACGUUAAACCAAGUUUUUAGACACGUUAAACCAAGUUUUUAGACAAUUCGUCGAUAUGAGCGAGACAACAUGGGAUGUUGUUAUUGUUGGGGCUGGACUAUCAGGAUUGAGCGCUGCCCAUAGUCUUUUGAAAAGAAAUCCCCAAUUGAAAAUAAUAAUUUUGGAAGGAAAAGACCGAGUGGGCGGACGAACAGUGACCGAAGACCUACCAGGAGUGAACGGACUAGAUCGUUGGGAUUUGGGUGGUCAGUGGGUGUCCAGUUCUCAGACUCAUGUCAUGGACCUCAUCCACGAGCUAGGUCUGGAGGUCUACCCACAAUACACCGCGGGAAAGAAGGUGCAGCAUAUAGGAGGACCCCGGGCCAGGAUCCGAACCUACAGCACCAGCAUCCCCGCCCUGUCUCCCCUGGUGUUGCUGGACCUCACACAGCUGCUCUGGAAGAUCGACAGGCUGUGUGCCUCGGUGUCAGUCGAGGACCCCUCCAGGACCCCCGACGCUGCACUGCUGGACAGCAUGACGCUACACUCCUACCUGGAGCGCCACGCCUGGACCCAAGAGCUGAAGGAGGAGAUGGGUGUGUGCAGCAGGGUGGUGUUUGGCAUGGAGCCUAGUCAGAUGUCCCUGCUGUUCUUCCUGCUGUACGCAGCCACAGCAGGGGGGGUGCUGGCCCUGAUGGAGAGCAGCCCAGGAGCCGCCCAGGAGUUCAGGGUCAAGGGGGGCACCCAGCAGCUGUCCCAGGGCCUGGCGGAGCGGCUGGGGAGCGAAAGCGUGCGUCUGGGCCAGGCUGUGACGGCCAUAUGGCAGGACGGAGAGUGUGCCCGCGUCAAGACGGCCACGGCCUCCUUCCUGGGCCUGGUCGUGAUCGUCACCUGUCCCCCUCACCUGGCAGCUAAGAUCAACUACCAGCCGCCCCUGCCCAGCCAGAGGGACCACCUCACCCAGAACAUGGCCCCCGGACACCUGAUUAAGUUUGUCAUCACCUAUGGGACGGCUUUUUGGCGGAAGAAGGGCUUCUCGGGGGAGAUUGUGGCCCAGCCCUCGGAGGCCUGUCCUCUCUGCGUCACCUUCGACGGCACCACGCCCCGCGGCAGCCCUGCUCUGGUGGGGUUCAUCGCAGGCCUGCAGGCCUACCACUGGAGCAGCAGAGAGGUGGAGGAGAGGAGGGAGGCGGUGGUGUGUAGCCUGGUGAGGUACCUGGGUCCUGAGGCAUCCAGCUACAUCCACUACCGGGAGAAGGACUGGGCCACAGAGGAGUUCAGUGGAGGCUGUCCUGUCAGUGUCAUGACCCCUGGCCUGCUGUCCUACCACCACCCCAGCCUGCGGAGACCCUGCGGCAGGAUCCAUUGGGCCGGUACGGAGACUGCUACCCAGUGGAAUGGCUACAUGAGUGGGGCGAUUCAGGCGGGCCAGCGGGCAGCUCUGGAGGUCCUGGCAGAGCUCAGCCCCUCCUCCCUGAGGGAGGAGGAGCUAGAGGCGGUCCACAAGGUCUUGGCCACGCCCCAACACCUCCAGCCUCCGCCCUCUUCCUCCUCUGCCCUCCUCCGCAGAGCUCUUCUCUUCACCACCACCGUCAGCCUGGCUGCUGCUCUCCUAUUGGCUCGUCCGCAGCUCUGCCGGCGGUUGAUUGGCCAGGCUCUGGACGCGUUGCAGAGGGUGGGACUAAGGAUGUAGCAGCCGUGUUGGUCAAGCUCUGCUCCUACAUGUGCAAUCAUAUACAUGUUCAUUUGAAUGUUUGUUUGUUUUUAACGUUGCGUUAUAUAAUCUAUUUUUUUUCUAACAUUGUUGGGUUAGGUUAUGUAAUGACAAAGCUUGGUUCGUUCAAUUUACCGUAAAACAUUUGUUUUAAUUACAGUACUUGUUUACAUGAAGUGCACUAGUGUUGUUAUGAUGCAUCAUUAGUAGGAUAAAUCUGACCCACCAGAUGUUUUGUUACACAUAUCCAUCUGGGAAGUCGUCCUUGGAAACUGUUUGGAAAACAGGGUAGGCACUUUCAAUAAAUACUUGGCAGGUGAUUGGAUGAA